AACUUGGGUAAUGUAAAGAGCGCGAAGUAUAAUUUGAAACAUGUGCACUGCCCUCACGAACCAUUUCUAGCUUUGACCAAUAUUUUCCCCAAUUUUUUAUAUAAUGAAAUAUCCCGAACCGAAUCGAUCGAUUUUCUGAACUUUCCUCUCCCGUUAAAAUUAAAAAAAAAAUGUGUCCGUGCAAAUUGUGUGUGUUGUGUGUUUUCGUGUUAUGUGUAUACACAGUGACCGCUUUUAACGUCGAUAGCUUCAAUUACGCUUCUUACCAAGUGCCCAGUUACGACGGUCAUGAUUCCAUGUUCGGAUUCAGCAUAACCCUCCACCGGGAAAGAAGCACAGGAUGGUUGAUAGUGGGGGCGCCGGAAGCCUCCUCCAGUCAACCGGGGGUUAUUCACGGAGGCGCUGUCUACAAGUGUCCAACGGAUAGAGAUGGAGGCUGCGAGGAAAUACCUUUCGACACCAAAGGCAACAACCGCGACGCCAACAACAACCUGAUGGACAACAAAACGGAGCAAUGGUUCGGCGCGACCGUCAGUUCUUCAGGCCGGGAAGAAGGUCCCAUCGUGGCGUGUGCUCCGCGUUACACCUGGUUUCCAAGAGGUCGCUCCCGUCGUGAUCCCGUAGGAACUUGCUACGUCUGCAACGGUUUCUUCGAGAAAUUCAACGAAUACUCACCUUGUAGAACUUAUCAAUGGGGAUACCAUCGGCAAGGGUCAUGUCAGGCUGGUUUCAGCGCCGCCAUAAACUCGGUCGGAGACCGCCUUUUCAUCGGUUCGCCGGGCAGUUGGUAUUGGCAAGGACAAAUGUAUUCCGUUGAUGCUCACGCCACGUUUGAAUUUAAACCUACGCUAUUCUCCGCGACCUACGGCGCUGAAGGCCAAGUCCACCAACAGAGUCUCGAAACGCGCCCUGCAGUGUUCGCCACCACCGAGGGUACGGAAAAAGACGACGACUCCUACAUGGGUUACUCGACCAUCGUGGGCGACUUUCUGGGUAAUGGCGAAGAAGGCAUCGCUGUGGGUAUGCCCAGAGGGAACAAUCUCAAAGGAAAAGUACUCUUGUUCACCAUGAAUCUCACCAACUACGUUCAACAUUUCACCAGUGACCAAAUCGGGUCGUACUAUGGGUAUGCCCUCGCGGCUUGCGAUGUUGAUGGUGAUGGUAAACUGGAUUUGAUCGUGGGGGCACCCAUGUACACAGUGCAGAAUAACAAAGACAAAUACGAUGUGGGCAGGGUCUAUGUUAUCUACCACGAAAGCGAUAGGGGUAGAUUUGUCGCCAACUAUGUCAUCGAUGGGUUCAAUUCCAAAUCCAGGUUUGGGCAAGCUGUAGCCUCACUCGGAGAUAUCAACCAAGACGGAUUCGGAGAUUUCGCAGUCGGGGCCCCCUACGAUGGUACUGAAAAUCGCGGUGCUGUCUACAUCUACCAUGGUUCGAGCAAAGGAGUACGCAAGAAGUUCUCUCAAGUCAUUUUCGCCGAAGAUGUAGCCGUUUCCUUAACAACUUUCGGAUUUUCCAUAACCGGAGGAAUGGAUUUGGACAAUAACCAAUAUCCAGACAUGGCUGUUGGUGCUUAUGAAUCCAACAAAGCUUUCUUCUUCAGAGCGCGUCCGGUCAUCAGUGUUGAAGCUUCAGUCAAGUUUCUCACCCAUAACAAGUUCAUUGAUAUCACUAGUCCUGAUUAUACCCUUCGAAGUGAUGGUAGUACUGCGACCAAGACCCAAAUCCAGUUCUGUAGCAGGUACUAUGGAAAAGGAAUACCAAACUCCCUAAAUUUGGGUGUUGAGUACAUUUUGGACUCGAAGAAGUUGAUCAACUCACGAAUGGGUUUCGUGGAUGAUGAAGGGCAAAGCAGGAAAAAUGCGACAAUAACAAUGUUGAAGGGACAAGACUUGAAAUGUACAAAUCCUAUCGACGUUUAUGUCAAGAGCGAAAUCCGCGAUAAACUCACCGCUUUGGUGGUCGAAGCUAGAUACUGGAUGCGAGACGACCGAGACCUCACACCCUCAAACCUCCAACAACUACCUCGCAACCCCCGUUCAUUCCUCACACCAGUCCUCGACCUCAACUCACCCCCAUCCAAGAAAGAUUCAAUCAGCAUACAAAAGAAUUGCGGUUCAGAUAACAUCUGUAUCCCGGAUUUGGUUAUUUCCGUAACACCGAGCGUCCAAGAGUACUACUUGGAUUCGGGCGAAAACUUUUAUUUGAACAUUUCCGUGACAAACAAUGGAGAAGACGCAUUCGAAUCAACUGUUGAAGUUAAAUACCCCGACGGCUUUUUCUAUAUUUCCAGUCAGGAUAUCCAAGUGGUGUCGCAUGUGUUGUGUAGUGCGUCCGAAAACUUCACCAUCAAGUGCGAUAUUGGUAACCCAGUGCCUUCUAACAAAGUCGUUCACUUUAAACUCCUGUGGCAACCCAACUAUGCCAAAGAACUACCUUCGAAUCUCUUCUUUGAGGUUGCUGUCAAUAGCACCAAUGAGGAUUUACCCGAAACUCGGUACAAUAACAAGCAGAAAAUCGGGAUUUCGAUUCUUUAUGAUGUGAUACAAGAAAUUCGGGGAUGGUCAAUACCCAACGAAGUUUUAUUCACUCCGAGUUCGUCUCUCUACGCCGCCGACAUCUCCAAUCAGACUCAUCGCACCUCACCUGAAAACCGCCUGUCUGAAGACGUGAUCGGUCCUCAGGUUAUUCACGUCUACGAGCUGAAAAACGGGGGCCGAACCACGAUUAAAGCAACGGAAAUAUUCUUCGUCUGGCCGGCUACCACAGCAAGUGGGGAAGAUUUUCUCUACUUAGUGGAUCCACCACACUUUUCCUUUACGGAAAAUUUGAAUCUGAAAUGUGGCCCAAUUCCGGCCAAUUACCGUGACUUUGAAGUACCAACACGGAGGAAGUCAAUCUGGGAGUUGUACGACAUCGACGUGUCCACUGACACAACAUCAGAGAAAUUCGUCUCAAACAAAAACCAGAGUUACCAGAAGAUCGGGUCAACAAUUGGGGGUAAAAUCGUCAAAGGUGACGAAAAAAUCAACAAAGAAGUUGAGAAAUCGGGCGAUAGCUCGAAUGUCUUCGACGUGAGACACAACAAAACGGCCCACACGUGGCAGAGCUCGGCUCGAGUUCAGAUUUUUGAGGCUGCGGAUGAGACAUCGGGGCGUUUGAGUGGGAAUUUCCGGCAUUUCAGACUUGGAGGGAAACAGUACGCUUAUCGAUGUCUCAAAUCGGACCAAGAAGUGGAUUGUGGUACCGAUUUUGCAUUCUCUCGGGUGGAUUUGCCCCAACUACUGGAAACUUCAAAUGUUCAGUACCAGGAAGAAGGCCACAUUCGGUACUCAUGUCUCGACCAAGACUCCUUCGGUAAUUGGCGCAAAACCGAAUGUGGACGAGUACCCAAAAUCCCUCUUGUACCCACAGUCACGGAAGGGGCCACAAGAGUACAAAUUUUUGACGCUAACGAAGAAAUCGCAAGACAACUAGACAGUCGCAGUUACAAACGACAGAAAAUUGACGGGAAAGACUUCAUCUAUCGGUGCUUCCGGCGAGUCAACGGCCGGGAAGAAGAAAUCGAUUGUGGGGAAAACUUUUCGUUUUCGAGUAUCGACCUUCCGUGGAUUUUAGAACAGUCAGGGAUACAACAAGAGGGUAAUAUUCGGUAUGCGUGUCUCAAACCCGACUCCAGUGGUAACCUCCGGAGUACCACGUGUGACAAUGUUCCCAAAAUUCGAGUCAAAACCCAAAUUAUCCGGAAUUAUUGGGGUUCCAAUGACACUCAUUAUUGGAACAACACGGGAGUUUUCGAAAUCGGCCAUCGAGACUCAAUCCGAGUCCAGGUAUUCCAAGGUGAUGAGAGUUUAAGACGGCAAUUGGAAGGUGUGUACCAUUUGCAACCCCUCCGAGGGAACUACUUUAUCUACCGGUGUUUCAACGGAAAUGAGGAAGUUUCCUGUGAUGAAAGCAUCUCCUUGGCGCGGUUCCACAGUUUGGCGAUUUUGCAAACGACAGGAGUCCAAGCAGACGGCAAAAUCAGGUAUGUCUGCCUCCAAGCCGACAAUUACAAGACCUUGCAAAGCGUCGCUUGUGGGCACCUCCCAUCGAUCCGUUUCAAACCCCAAGUGAUUCAAACUUCCUGGAAGUCGAACGGUACUCACUAUUGGAACAACACAGGAGUGUAUAGAGUGUCCCAAAGGUACGAUUUUACAACAGUCCAGGUGUUCCAAGUCGGAAGUGACCUUACCGAGCAGUUGGAAGGUACUUACCGUUUUGAAAAAGUCGACGGUCAAGUUUUCAUCUACCGCUGUUACAAGAAUUUACUCGAAGUUGAUUGUGGCCAAUUCACGUUGCUUAGCUUAGAUUUGUUGCAAUUGUUGCGAAGUGUUGCAAUCCAACAAGAGGGGAGUAUUCGGUUCUUUUGCCUAGAAAUGGACAGUGCUGGAAACUGGAGAGGGGCGAAUUGUGGCCGUUUGCCCCGAAUUCAUUUCACCGAACCCAAAAAAGUUAUAACGCAAGAACACAUCUUGAAACGGUGUCUCAAGUUGGUUAAUGGAAACUGGCAGGAGUUGGAUUGUAGGUCUGGGUUUCACUCAAGUGAUGGUACUUUUAUCGAAGAGUGUUACCAGACGAUUAACGGUCGCAGAGACAGGAUUAACUGCACACAAGUGCCCCCGGGGAGUACCUUUGAUUACGUACAAACCAGCACUCGAUACAACCAAGAGACUAGUCAUGGUAGUCGCCAAAGCUACCGCCCAUCGUAUGGUAGUGAUUAUAACUACAACCAAGGCCACGGUUAUGGUAACCAAUCGUACAGCUACGAAAACAGCUACGAGACUGAGCUCUACGAAGACGAAGACGACGAUAAGGCCAUUUCGGGUUAUAUGAACCCCCACGAUGUCUCAUCGACGGAACGUCAAUCCGGCCGAAGAGACCCAAAGACGUAUGGAACGUACGGCGAGUCCAGGAACCAAGGUCUUGGUGGUGCCAGCCAAGGUCUUGGUGGGGCCGCCCAAGGCCGCGGCUUCACUGCGGUUGCGCUAGAUUUGGGCAAUUUGGGCGAUUCGCACUCCCAUUGGUCAGAAACCCACCACGUGACACCCGUUUAUAACAGCAUAGGACGCGAUAAUGUCCCAACGGACGCUCCAAGUCCCAGAAAUUGGCACCAUGGGAGGAAAAAACGUCAAAUUAUUGGUGACAGUCACCCGUCCAUUGCUGGUAUUAAAGAAGAGUUCCCGUGCAAGAACCUGGGUUGUGUUUACAUGAGGUGCACUAUUGAGAACCUACAACACGGGAAACCCUUGACUAUCGCUCUAAGAGGGCGAUUGAACGCAAAAGUGUUGAGAAAUAUGAAAUUAGACAACGCUUUGCAAUUUUCGUCGAUGAUGUUGGCACGCGUGCACAAGGUGCCCCAUCUGGUGUCGUUGAAAGGCAGUAAGCCCGUCGUGAAAGAGGUCGAGACUGCUGUUAAAACACCGGAAGAGAUCAAGUCCGAGACUGUGCCUCUGUGGGUGGUAGUACUGUCAGCGGUCGCCGGUACGAUCAUCCUCCUACUCAUCAUCUUCCUGUUGUAUAAACUCGGUUUCUUCAAGCGAAACCGGCCUUCGAGCGCCCCCGAACGACAGCCACUGAACCGCAACGGUUAUCACCAUGGCGACGAAGCUCUGUGAUUCCCCGGUAGCUACAUUACUGCCUUCAAACCAAAAGACUUCCACUUAACUUAUUGUCCUCGUGUGAAUGUAUAGUUGAAAUGUCCGAAACGCCAUCUCUAUUUAAGAAGUCAUAACAGACUAAUUUUUACAUUAAUACUUACUAAAACUCUGUUUAGUGCCUUAUUCACUAGUGCCACUUUGCAAUAUUUUGCAAAAGAAACUACGUUUGUUAUGAUAGGAAUUUAUUUAGUCGUAUCGAACGGUCAAUGUUUGUAAGUACUUAGUUACAAUUUGUUGUUUUGCCACUAAUUUAAUUAAAACGAAAAAGAAACGAUUGUUUGUUGCCGUCGAAAUUUGUACAUUGUAAUUUGACAUUGUAAAUAAAACUAUUGAUUACGUUA